UGAAAGGCGGACAACUCUGGUGUCACGCCGUUACAUUUCCGUCAAGCUAAGCACAUAUGAAGCAAAUGUGCUCAGGUUUAUUAUUAUUAUUUAUUUAAUUGUUUAAGGUUGUUGGUUGAAUUGUCUUGAUGGACUGUGUGGAGCAGAGUAACGCAGACGCAGAAGCGCCCUCUGUUAUCGGCCGAUAUUUCACACGGUGGUACAGAGCAGAUAUGAAGGGAAAAUUGUGUGAGGAUCAUUGCAUCUUACAACAUUCAAACAGGUUGUGCGUUGUGACCUUAGCAGAAACUCAUCCGAUACUUCAGGAUGGACGCGCAAUCAAAAGCAUCAAUUACCAGAUCAGUAACGGCUGCAGUCGCUUGAAUAAUAAAGUGUCCGGGAAGUCCAAACGGGGGGCACAGUUCCUUACAGAUUUUGCACCUUUGUGCAGGAUAAUGUGCUCAGAUGACACGGAGUACACAAUCUACAGUUGCAUAAGGGGGCGUCUUCUGGAAGUCAAUGAGAACAUUUUAGAAACCCCAAAUCUCUUGCUAGAAAAGCCGUCUACUGAAGGAUAUAUUGCUGUCAUCCUUCCAAAGUUUGAGGAAAGCAAGAGCAUAACUGAAAACCUCCUGACAAGAGAAGAGUUUGAGGCUGUCGUUUCCAAACGCAGUUUGUCACAACCCCCCUAAUGGAUCAUUGAAGACUAACCUGAUCCGAAAGAGUUUCUUUGGUUUUCUCCUCUCACUCUCUCUCCAGGUUGGUUCAAAACAAAGACUGAGAAAGUUGACUGACUGACUCUCCUGUAAGACACUUUUAUGCAACAGAAGGAAAGUGCCUUCAGUUUAUCAUGUUACAAAGACCCCAGGAUGUUUUCAACUUAAAAGUGCUUUAAUUGUGACUAAUUUGUUUUAUGUUAUUUGAGUAAUAUAAGAGAAAGCAACAAAGUCUUCUGUGAAAUGCUGCAGAUAAUUUGCAGGUGUAUUGUGUUGUUUUUGUUAAUAAAAAAAUCAAACAAAUGUAUGAAAAAUAUUUUUUAUUUAUUUUCUCACCUUUUUAUCAGCCUUUCAACAAAAAAAAUAGAUGGUCCAAAACUAGAUGUUUUUUUUAAAUCCGUGGUGGCAUUAUAAUGUCCAGAAUAUCUAGUUGCUUUCAUAAAAGAUACAGAAUUUCCCUAAAGCCUACUAUAUAUUGUAGAUUUGAGUCAUUAUCUCCAGUUCUCACAGUACCAUAGUGAUUACCUUCAGAUCCACAUCAACUGCUUUAAGUACCACACUACAUAUUUAAACACCUCAUAAACUAUAAUACAUAUUGGCCUGUUUGGCAGCUUCACACUGAUAGUCUUCAUAACAAGUACACUUGACGGUUCUAUUCGAUGCCCGUUCACAACUCUUAAAUCCGACGGAUGAUUUGGUUUCGCUUAACAUGCUUUAAAAUAAAAUCCUGAUUCCUCAGCAGCUUUACUCACCAACUCUAGCUUUUUCUUGUCACUCAAAGGAAAAAAAUAUCUCCGCUAAUGUUUUUCAAUCAUUUGGCAUGAAUCCUAUUUUUCUAUCAACAUGUCACAUGGGGAAUGUUCUAUAGUAAAUGCUAUGGCAAAUAUAGUGUUUUUUUGUUUUUUUAUGUGAUCUGCUUGGAAGUGACAUUAUGGCAGUCACACAUGUUGCCACCAUGCUUGUGCAACACAGUUACAAUACAUCAAAAAACAAAGGGGGGUCGGACACACAGGCACGUUGAGACAACAGAUGUGUGGCUGAACUAUGACUCCUAACAAACAGGAUUCCAACACAGCCUGGAGAAGCUUUCAAUCUGCUCUUAGUAUUUUUGAGGUCUGGAUAAGUGUGGAAAAUUGUUGGAUAUUCCAGUUUUAUUUUUCCAUCUAAGGUAUUUUCAGUCCAAAAAUUCUUAAAGAUGCAUUUAUUAUCUUUGAAUAGAAGCAUCACACUUGAUUUUAUUGUUUCAGCAUUUUGGUUUUUCACUUAAUGACUGAAUGCACACUCAACAUUUUAAAAAGGGGGCAGUAGUUUUAUUUAUUUAUUUGUCUAAGCAAAUUCAAUUGGAACAGCAUACGUGGUUCUUAAAGUUAGUGGGAUUAUAAUGCCAGACAAAGAAAAAACUGCAGCUUUUGGUACCAAAGCACACAAACUGUGCUUUUAAAUAAUCUGCUUUUAGUCUGACACUUUGACAAAUCCAGGAGUUAAAGAUUUUGAAGUAGACUUCGUGUAAUAUACUCCAGAUGCCUCUAAACCACACAGAAAACUGGUGGCCAAUUUCAUGAUUUUGUGAAAAGACCUCGUUUUUGUUCUGUUUAUCUACAGAAUGCUAGAAAAAAAAUUUUUUAACUGAAAACGUAUGAAAUUUGUAUAUGAAUGUUGAGGAACCCUGAAAAUCAAAAUUGAGUCAAAAAUCUGUUAAAUUUGAAGGCUGAUUGUUGACUAGUGGUUCAUGCUAAGUACCUAAAGUGGAGUGAAUCCACCUCGUUGGACAUACAGAGCUUCAGUUUGCAUUUCUUUCUUGGCACACCUUCAGAGUUAUCCCCCACGUGCCAAAUUCAAUCUAUCUGACCCGAAGGCAGUCAUCUUUGCCUUGUAGUUCAAGUCCAGGCUAUAGUGGUAGGAGGGGAUGAUGGGAUAAUUUCACAGAGGUAAGGUUGGCUAUGUGGUGCUCUGACAACAACAGUGGG